UUGUUCGUUUUUCAUUCUUCUUCUUCUUCCUCAUCAUAUCUUUCCUCCUCUUCACCAGAAUCGUUUCAGGCUCUUCUUCUUCUGUUUCUUUUUCUCCAAAGAAACAAUUAGAAAUGGAGAACCUAACCCUAGUUUCUUGCUCAGCUUCUUCUCCAAAGCUGUUAAUUGGAUGCAAUUUCACUUCCUCGCUUAAAAACCCUACUGGGUUUUCUCGUCGGACUCCUAGAAUUGUCCUCCGCUGCUCCAAAAUCUCUGCUUCUGCUCAAUCUCAAUCUCCCUCUUCGCGUCCUGAUAACACUGGAGAAAUCGUGGUUGUGAAACAGAGAAGCAAAGCUUUUGCAAGUAUAUUUUCAUCGAGUCGUGAUCAACAGACAACUUCUGUUGCUUCCCCUAGUGUGCCUGUGCCACCACCAUCUUCAUCAACCAUAGGAUCACCACUUUUCUGGAUUGGUGUUGGAGUUGGGCUAUCAGCUUUGUUCUCAUUGGUAACUUCAAAUUUAAAGAAAUAUGCAAUGCAAACAGCUAUGAAGACGAUGAUGAACCAGAUGAAUACGCAAAAUAGCCAGUUUAAUAAUCCUGGAUUCCCAUCAGGAUCACCUUUUCCGUUUCCAUUCCCUCCUCAAACAAGUCCUGCCUCCUCGCCCUUCCAAUCUCAAUCCCAGUCUUCAGGUGCAACUGUUGAUGUGACGGCUACAAAAGUAGAUACACCUCCUUCAACUAAACCGAAACCUACACCUGCAAAGGAUAUAGAAGUGGAUAAGCCAAGUGUUGUCUUAGAGGCAAGCAAAGAGAAGAAAGAAGAAAAGAACUAUGCCUUUGAAGACAUUUCACCCGAGGAAACCACAAAAGAAAGCCCAUUUAGCAACUAUGCUGAAGUCUCUGAAACUAGUUCCCCCAAAGAAACUCGCUUGUUUGAGGAUGUUUUGCAAAAUGGAGCUGGUCCGGCAAAUGGUGCCACUGCUUCAGAGGUUUUUCAAUCUUUGGGCGGUGGGAAAGGAGGGGCGGGUUUGUCUGUAGAAGCUUUAGAGAAAAUGAUGGAAGAUCCAACAGUCCAGAAGAUGGUUUACCCAUACUUGCCUGAGGAGAUGAGAAACCCAGAAACUUUCAAAUGGAUGCUUAAAAAUCCUCAGUACCGUCAACAGCUACAGGACAUGUUGAAUAAUAUGAGUGGGAGUGGUGAAUGGGACAAGCGAAUGACAGAUACAUUGAAGAAUUUUGACCUGAAUAGUCCUGAAGUGAAGCAACAAUUCAAUCAAAUAGGACUGACUCCAGAAGAAGUCAUAUCUAAGAUCAUGGAGAACCCUGAUGUUGCCAUGGCAUUCCAGAAUCCUAGAGUCCAAGCAGCAUUAAUGGAGUGCUCAGAGAACCCAAUGAACAUCAUGAAGUACCAAAACGACAAAGAGGUAAUGGAUGUGUUCAACAAGAUAUCGCAGCUCUUCCCAGGAAUGACGGGUUGAAAAAGUUCACGUCUUUUGGAUAAAAAAUGUCACAUUGUCUUUAGCUUUUUGUAGGAGAAAAUUAUGUUUUUUUUAAAAAAGGAUCUUCAGUUUUGUUCAGAUCAGAGAAUUGUGUACCAUGUUAAUCUUAAACGCGAUCGCGAAUUCGAGUCGUGUAAAACGACGUUGGUGUUGUUCAGUA